AUGGACAACGACGCUGAGAUUAUGAAUAAAUGUUUUAAAGGAGGCAAAAAAUUUUGCUUUUAUCCAAAGAUAAUAAAUAUUGAACAGAAUAAUGAAAAUAUUGUAUUGCAUAAUUGUAUUCAAACUUUAUUAUCCGACCCAAUAGUUGUUUUAUAUACAGACGAUAAUUAUAUUUGCACAGGGACCCUCACUGGAAAAGUAUGCCUACAUAAGAUUACUAAAAAGGUAGACAAAGAAACAAAUACAGAGGAAGUGGCAGUUGGUGAAAACGAGAAUGGGAAUAAAAAUUUGAUUAAUAGUGGUGUAGAGGUUGAAAAGGCUUUAAGUAGUAAUGCGGGGGAAGUUAAUAAAAAUAAAAGUGACAUAAAAAAUGAAGUAUUUGAAAAAUAUCAUAUUUUAUGUAUGUUCAGACCUAAUAGUAUAAAAUCAAUCUACAUUGAUAAAAAAUAUGUAUAUAUUUAUUACGAGAGUUGUAUUGAUGUUUUUUGUAUAAAAACAUAUAAUUUUAUAAGAAAAAUAAAUAUAGAAAUAAUUAAUAAUAAACAAGCUAUAUCUUUUGAAAAUUUGAUUUUAUUUAAUAAUUCCAAAAGCUUAUUUAUAUAUGAUAUUACAAAUAAUUAUAUGAGUUAUUUUUAUAAAAAUUUUUUAAAAAAUAUUGUUAUAUUUGAUUUUAAUACAAAUUAUUUAUUAUGUUAUAAAAAUAAUUUUGGAAAAUGUCAUAUAAGAGUUUUACAGAUUUAUAUAAAUGAUGAUCAUUGUCAACAUGAAUUAAUUUUUUGUGUCGACUUUUCCUCAAAGUUUAUUAGUCAUGGCAAAUUUUUAGACGAUGAAAAAAUUAUAGUUGCAAAAAAUGGAAAACGUUUAAUUAUAUUUGAUUUUAAAAAAGCUGUUGAUAUGUAUAGAAUUAAAAAAUUAAAAACAAAAGUUUUAGACAUUUAUAAAUCAGCAGAAAAUAUGUUAUUCAUAUUAGUUGAAAAUCAAAUAUAUAUAUUUAAUUUAUCAGCAUAUAUUUUUUAUAAAUGUAUGCAAUUACCUACCGGACUUUUUUAUUUUAAAUGGCCUUAUUUUAUAAGACACAAAAAUAAUAAAAUUAUAUUCUCAUCAGAUCGAGGAAUUUAUUAUAUUGAUUAUCAUAUUGAAGAAAGUGAAUAA